AUGGCUAAAGUCACUAAGAAAGUUGGAAUCCUUGGUAAAGAUGGGACCCGCUACGGUGCCUCCCUCCAGAAAAUGGUGAAGAAAACUGAAAUCCGCCAGCAGGCCAGGUACACUCAUUCCUUCUGUGACAAAACCAAGAUGAAGAGAUGGGCUGUGGGGAUCGGGCACAGGAAAACAGUGGCUGGGGGUGCCUGGCCCUACGGCCCCACGUCUGCCGUCACUGUCAAGUCUGCCGUCAGAAGGACGAAGGAAUUGAAGGACCAGCCGAAAGUCCCAGCAUAUCACAAAACUGUGGCUUGCUGUUGA